AUGAAGGGCCUGGCGAAGACAUACAAAGACGCGGAGAUUCUCCCACAAUUAGCUUCAUUUGACGACUUCGUGCGUGGUUUCAACAUGGGCGAUCCCAUGUGUGAUUAUGUUGAUGCUGGCAACGGCAAAGAGUGUUCGGAUGAGAAGAUCAAGGCAAUGUUUCGGCAUAAUCUAGCGGAUAUGCACUGUCAACAGAUCCUGUUCGGCGGCUCAGCCGAUAAUGGCUAUGCCCGGCUGUUAGGCCCAUACAACGAAGACGACGCAGUGCGAAGCCGUAUCACCCUCUUGGAAGGCCCGCCGUUCGCCCGCGAGUUAGCUGCGAUUAAGGACAGAUACCACACUGUAUCAUUCGACAAGGUGUUCCGGAGCCAAAUGCUGGUGGUCACCCCUAGGCGCGCAACGGUGUCUCUCCCGACUCCGCCGCGAACACCAUCGACAGACUACGCAACGGCCGCUGCGCAGAUUCCAACAGGGCCUUCUUCAUCUUCGUCGUCUAAAGCCCAGAGCCCCUCUGUCACCAAGCAGCCUACAACAGCUGCUACAGUACUUCUUAACAAAUCCGGCGAACGUGUGGACUCACCGCUGAGCUACACGUCCAAAGACUUCAUGGCCAUGAAAGUCUCCGUAUUGGAGGAGCCACGGAUGAAGACCAACUACCGGAAUUUCCUCUUUACCCCAGACCACGAUGCCGCCGGUGCAACUGGCAACCCAGAUUCCGAAACAUUGUCCAGGCGACCAACCAGAAAGGCAACGCAGGCCGUCCGUACUACAAAUGUGUUCGUUGCAAGACAAGAGGCACGCAAGGUGUAG